AUGGGAAAUAAGAUAUCUCAUAGAAUUAUAAAGAAAAAAAAGUCUCGAACUUAUUCAGCCAGAGAAACGAGUACAAUUUCAUCUGAUGAUAGUGCUUCCGUCCAUAUUCAAUUAGUGCCGCAAUUGAAAACUGUAGCUGGUCGGCCUUAUUUUGAAGAGAAUUUUUCCACUUAUAUUUUUCCCGCAGAUUGGGAAGAAGCUGACAGACUUCAGGUACUUCAUUUCGUUCUAAAACAUGCAUUAGAUGGAAAUUACAAUGCAAAGCUUUCAGAUAUUAUUAGACCCGGAAGCAAAAUUUUGGAUAUUGGAUGUGGUCCCGGACAUUGGUGCUUUGAAAUAGCACAAGAAUUUCCUUAUGCAGAAGUUUAUGGUAUAGACAUAUUAUCAUCUUUUCCAAACAAGAUAAAACCUAAAAACUGCCACUUUAGAACAUGUGACAUACUUGAAGGUUUACCAUUUGGUGAUGAUGAGUUCGAUUAUGUUUUUAUGAGACAUAUGCUUCCAUCGAUAAAGACAUAUCAAUGGCUUUCAGUGUUAAAAGAUGUAAAAAGAGUGAUGAAACCUGGUGGCACCAUCGAAAGUGUAGAACUUAACUGCAUUCCUGAAGCAAUGUCUGUCGCUUUCGAAAUAGAUCUCCACCAGAAAUUUGAACCAAUGAUCGAAGUUUUAGGAUUUCAAAAUGUAACUAGCAUGAGUAAAUAUAUAUCACUUGGAAAUGCCGGAAAAAUUAGUCAAAUCUGGACGACAAAUUUAGUUCAAAUGGGAGAAGCUGUUAGAUCAAUAUUAGCACCACUUAUGAAUCUUACCGAAGACGAGUGGGAUCGUACAUUUAGAAUAAUGUAUUUCGAUGAGCUUGAGAGCAUGCCUUGGGUAGUUUCGAACAGUUGGACGUUGUACAGUGAAAAAACUUACAUUGCUGCCUAUAGGUUUGUCAUCGGCAAAUUACCAUGGAUUUAUCAACACUGG